GACAAUACCGCCCACCGAGUCCACUCCGCGCGAUCGCCCAUGAUGGUCGCCCCCUCAAGCUCUCUUGUGGCCCCCUCGCCGCGCCCCGUCGUGCCACCGGCUCCUCUGCUCCUGGCCCCCCUCCGCAUCGCGACGGAUCUGCCACGAACCGCCAUGUCUCCCCCACGCACGCCCGUGCGCCUCAUGUCGCCGAUCCAACUGGGCACGUCCUCAUUCCGCCCGCCACUCUCCCUCCCGUGCCCCUCGUCGCCGUGCACGCCAGCGCCCACCAGACGGCGUCGCCCCACGCACAGCAUCCGCCACUCGCGCCGGCGGCGCCCCCAGCCCGCCUGCCCCGCCCACCACGCGCCGGCCCACGACUGCUUCCUCGUCAAGUCGACCACGAUAGACAGCUUCGACCGCCUGCCGUGGAUCUCGAUGCUCGACGCGCCGUCCGCGCUCGGGGACCUCUCCCAGAUCGCCGACGCGCCCGCGACGCCGGGCGGCCCCGUGCGCCGCCGCAAGACGUCGCUCCGCUCCUCGCCCAUGGCCGCGGACCUCUCCGAACUCGCCGCGCCCGACGCAGCGUCGGCCCCUGACUCAGCUCUGGCGGCUCCGGCUCAUCGGCGCACGCCCCACCGACCGGCGCUCGAUCCCCUCCACACGCAGUUCCGGGCCCUGAUGCCGAUCCUGCCCUCCCAUCGAGCAGUCGCCGACGCCGACCGCAUCACCGCCGAUCGCAAGCGCGGCUAAAUUAUCUCAGAAUCCUGAAUACCUCGCUCUCCAUCGUCGUCGCAAUGCUUUGCUGCUCCUUAUUAUUUACGUGACCUCAUCGGACACGCCCCCCCAUCGACCUCUCCAACGCACGAUUAUCGUUAUUACGCCCCUCAGCCACCGAAUCCGCCUUCUCCUCUUCGUGCCUCCGAUAAGGGUUCCGGCUCGACCGUUCCGAGGACCCGAAUGUUCCCUUCCCCACCGGGAUUAUAUCUAUACGCAAACGACAUCUGUAUCAACGCCACGAACUCUAUCACUAUUAUCUCAGAAACGCCACCACCAUCAUCGCGUCCUUCCGAUCCAUCCAUCCAUCCC